GAGUGUGUUGAGAGGAGUUGGUGGAGUUGGUGGAGUUUGGUGGAGUUGGUGGUGCCCUUUGCGAUUUCGUUGUAUCUAGUGAGCUGUGUGUGGAUUUUGUGUUUGAUUGGUUUGUGUGUGAGCUUGUGUGUGUGUGUGUGUGUGUGUGUGUGUGUGUGUGUGUGUCUAGAUCAGUGUGUGUUUGGGAGGAGCGUUGCUUGUGUUUGUGAGUUGAGUUUUAAAAUUACUUGAGUGUGAGUGACUUUGUGUUGUAUGUGGGUGUGUGUGUGUAGGUAUACCCGUGGGUGACUCUAAGUGCACCUGUGUGUUUGUGACCGAGUGUGUGAGAGUGUGUGUGUGCGAGCACACAAGAGUGUGUGUAGGUGCACGUGUAGCAGGUGUGAGAACAUCUGUUGUGUUGAGGCCGUCAGUCAGCUUGGCCAUUGUUUCUAAGGUAGCAUUUAUACUUGGUUACCUCAAAUGGGCCCUGGGAGUCAACAGAAGUCAGAAAAGCUCAGAUCCAAGUCCCCUUUGGCUGACAUGGAUGGUUUGCAUGCUCAAUAUGUGAUGCUAGAGACUAUCGGCCAUGGAGGCUGUGCCACAGUGAAGCUGGCCCAGCACCGCCUCACAGGCACUCACGUGGCUGUCAAAACGAUUCGAAAGAGGGAGUAUUGGUGCAACCGUGUCAUUUCUGAGGUAGAGUUACUGAUGAUGGCCGAUCAUCCGAAUAUCAUCUCUCUCCUUCAAGUCAUUGAGACCAAGAAGAAAGUAUACCUCAUUAUGGAGUUGUGCAAGGGUAAAUCACUUUACCAACACAUCCGAAAAGCUGGCUACCUGCAGGAGCAUGAAGCACGCGCAUUAUUCAAGCAGCUCUUAAGUGCUAUGAACUACUGCCACAACCAGGGUAUAGUUCACAGGGACCUGAAACCGGACAAUAUCAUGGUUGAAAAAGAUGGGAAAGUGAAGAUCAUUGAUUUUGGACUCGGCACCAAAGUGAAGCCAGGGCAAAAACUCAACUUAUUCUGUGGGACUUACCCAUUUAGUGCUCCUGAGGUGCUCCUUAGCACACCCUAUGAUGGGCCCAAGAUCGAUGUAUGGACUCUUGGAGUUGUGCUGUAUUUUAUGGUAACUGGAAAGAUCCCGUUUGAUGCUUGCAGCAUAAAAAAGCUGGUAAAGCGAAUUCUUGCAGGAAAGUAUUCUAUUCCCUCUAGACUGUCAGCAGAGCUCCAAGACCUGCUUAGUCUUUUAAUGACGGCCAACCCCAAACUCAGGCCCACUGUUGCUGAGGUUAUGGUGCAUCCCUGGGUCACAGAAGGCUCAGGGGUGUUCCCAGAUCCUUGUGAAGAACAGACCCCCCUCAAGCCAGACCCUGCAAUUGUAAAAGCAAUGGGACAUAUCGGGUUCCAAGCUCAAGAUAUUGAAGAUUCGUUACGUCAGAGAAAAUUCAACCAAACCAUGGCGUCUUAUUGUCUACUGAAAAAACAGAUUCUUAAGGAAUGUGACAGGCCAACCCGGGCUAGGCCCGUGAACCCAUCGGUGACCCCAUUCCCUUCCCUUGUUGAUACUGCUACUACCCGUCUCGGACUUCGCAGGAGAGAGAAUGAACCCACAUGUCCCUGGUCAUCCGCCAAUAGGCAAGUGUCUGUCUGUGGCAAGAGUACUAGUAAGAAAAGAGACAGAAGAGUCAGUUGGCCCAGUGUUCUCGGCAGGCCACGCCACACGGCACCCACAAUGGACCACACACGCACCCGUACUAGGAGUGUACCCUGCAUUUGCUCAAUGUUUUGCACAGUCCAGCCAAACAGCAGCGAAGAGAGCACACAAGGCCACACCAGAGCCUCAGCAGCAGAUAAGCCUGUCCACAGCAGGGGCUGGCCCAGAGGCAUCAAGGGCUGGACGAGGAUGAUAGGAAAUGCGAUGAGGAAGCUCUGUUGCUGUAUCCCAUCCAAAGAGACAUCUCACCUGGGGCAGAACAGAGUCUCCCCCAAAAAAUAAGACACAGGAAGGGUGUCAGGAGAACAAGCAUCCGGCACGGCCCAGAAGAUCACCAGAGGAUGCCGGAUGCUACGAUUCUACAGUUAUAGUAUUGGAAAGGACCCGUGUAUAGACACGGACCUGAAAAAGGGAACCUUGUGGAAAGGCAUCAUGUUCUGGGUUCAGCGUGCUUCACUCAGAGCCCCCAGUCCAGCCAGGGGGCAAGAAAGCAAAUGAUGAAAUCCCAGAUGGGCUCUGGGAUCACCAUUCAGAGAAGUGGCUUAAAGCAUGUCCAAAGCUGAUAGAGACAGCCCCUCUGCCUGCCCAAGCUCAUAAUCAGACUCCUCCUCUGAGAAUAAAAUAGAUGUUUGUGAAAGA